UGCUGUUUUUCGAGAUUUAUAUUUGUUUAUUUGUAGUUUAUCUCCUUAGGUAACUAGAUACUCAUCUACAAACACGAAAACUUCUUCAAGAUUGACUGGUGAGAGAAACUGGUGAACUUGUCCGGUACUCGUACUCCAAUCCAAAAUAACCCCCACUUGCAAGGGCUCUCCUAGUAACCUUUCGUUCACCACGCAACGACACAACGACGCAACACCUCGAGCAUCCGAUAGUGUCGCCAAUCUUUGCCUCCAAAGUAAACAAAUAAAAUCCAAAGCAUACCAAGAUGCGAUCAUUUACCAUUGUCAAUUCACAUACGCAAAUGCAUAGCGAAAGGUAGAUUGUCAUUUCAUAUCCAUUCAACAGAUUGAUUUCCUUUAAUAAAUAAAUAAACACCUCAAGACUCGAGACUCAAUGACCAAUCCAUUUCAUCCUAGAUUUCUCCGUGCGCUCUUCCCGCAACAAUUUCCUGCAGGGCAAACGUCCAAAUCCGCAACUCAAGGCCAUCGCAAUAAGCGCGUAAAGUAUAUCCACGAGCCGUCGCACGAAGAAGAAAUCAUCGAAGCGUAUGAUGGUGUUGAUGGGGAUGAUGCGGAGGAGAGAGAAGAGGAUGAGAAUCAAUUACGCUUGGAACAUAAAUCGUGUGCGAAAGCGAUGAUGAGGAGGAAGAUGGCGGAACGCGUGACGAUUGAUCCGGAUGGUGAUUUGUUGUUGAUUUUGAAUGAGAGGAAGAAGAGUAAUGUUUUGAAGAGGAAGAUCGGAGGAGCGGGAUCAGGAAUGGAAAUGAUGGCGACGGCAGUGGAUGAUUCGGGGAUUGGGGAUGAGAUUGUCGGGGAUGGAGAAGUGGGCGUUUUGGAGACGGUGGAGGAAGAUGCAGAUGGGAAUGUGAAUGUGAAUGAGAUUGUGGAAAAGGAAAAGGAAAAAACUAAAAAGGAAUUGAAGGAAAUUCAUAUGUUGGUUUCGUCAAAACAUAUGGUCCUUGUUUCUCCCGUUUUCAAAGCAAUGCUUCAGUGGAGCAAUUUCAAAGAAGGAUAUGCGAUGAAAGCGCAUGGAAAAGUCGAAGUUCCCCUCCCCGAUGAUGAUCCAGAUGCCAUGCGUAUCUUGGUUGAUAUCGUUCAUUGUCACCAUAAAGAUGUGCCUCGAAAAGUUAAACUGAGUUUGCUUACGCAUCUGGCGAUUUUGGUGGAUAAAUAUCGUUUACAUGAAGCGGUGCAGAUUUACUCCGACAUGUGGAUUUCCCAGGCGAAGAAGAAAUUUCCAUCGAGUAUGGCAGAGGAUGGUAUUGAAGUGUGUUUGCAAUGGCUUUGUAUCUCAUGGGUUUUUGAAAAGGCGAGGGAUUUUACUUCUUUGACGAGGAUUUUUCAACAGGAGAGUACGACGAGUUUGGCAGAGAUGAUUAGAGAUUCGAAUUGGGAUAUUCCGGUGCCGAGUUCUGUUAUUGAAAAUAUCGAACAAGAUCGAAUCCGAGCUCUCGAUGAAGCAAUCUCAGCACUCAGAGACACGAUUGAAAAUUAUCAAACCUCUACUCUCGUAUGUCGUGGUCGUCCUUCACAUUUAUCUGCCGAGCAAAUUCCUCAACAUAAUAAACAAUGCGAUGCGAUGGUUUUGGGAAUGUUGAUCAAAGAAGCGAUUUAUCAUAACCUUUAUCCGUUACCUGAAGCUCCUUAUACGGGUCAUUCUUUCAUUAGUAUUUAUGAUAGCUUUCAAAAUUUUGAAAUCACAAAUGCGUGUGAGGUGGUUAGAAUGUGUGGAGGGAGUGGAGGUGGGGGAAAGAGAGAGAAGGAGGAGUUGGAUAUUCAUGCGUUUGGGAAUGGGUUGAUGGAUCUUCUGGAACCGGUGGAGGAAAGUUUAAGUGGGUUGGAUAUGGGUGGGUUUAAGGUUUCGUUGGGGUUGGUUUAG